AUGACGCCAUCCGGAGGAUUAAAGACUGUUUCGUCGUUGCUUGUCACGUCUUUUAGUGCAACAGAAUCACCUACCUUGUCAGUUUCCAACCCUGUGCCUCCAGCUCCUGUCGUCCCUAGGCCUGGUUCUUCCGAAUUCAAUUGGCCUAUACACACCGACAUCAUACCGAGAAGCUCUCCUAUUAGUGCUCUUCCAAGCACCGGUACAGACACAACUGCGUCGAUCCCUCUUCCUGAAAGUAAUGGCACAACUACUGCUACUGCAAGUUCCACAUCGACCUCUAGAUUGUCAGUCCACCCGCGAUGUAAGGCCAAAUCUGUUCUAUCACUUAACACCGAACCAUCUAUCAAGGCUCGCGACGCAGCAACCGGCGUAAGCAAUAUCAGUACUUUUCAACCCUCCGCUCUUAAUUGGAAGACUAGGUAUAUGAACACGUCAUCUUUCGCAGGCGUGAAGAUCGCAACACCGUCCGAAGAAAGCAAGGCGAGUAAAAGGCGAGUGAACUACUGGUUCCGCUUCUUCGCUGCUGCAGAGCCUUCUGUAGGACGAAUAGUGAAUGAGUGCUUGGCAUGCGAUCGGGAUGGAGAGGUUACGUGUUUGCCUACUCGACGAUAUAUAUGGUGUACGGAUGGUUGUGCCAUCACGGAGAAGCUGGGAUGCGAUAUGGUGUGCGAAGAUGGAGUUAUACGUAAAGAAGGAUCGCCACUUAGCUAUACGGUAGUGAACAAGCUUUCAGGGUCUUUAUGCCAGCGUUUCGGUGCGACGAUCGACCCAAGAAGCCCGUUGAGGACCGACUCAUUGGGUUGCGCCAUAUACUCUUACCCCCAGUGUUUCGAAACAUGGCGUCGCUCGGCGAACCGCUGUUUGUCUUGA